CCGUGAUACGGAGUGACAAGUAAACACAAAUCGGUCACAUACGCAUGGUUAGCGGAUGUUAUUGCGAGUGUAUAGCGAAAUGCUUAAUGAUAGCAGUGAUACUAUCAAGAACAGUGUGCGGGUUCCUCCUUUUUUCCACUGUUUCCAAAACUAAAAUAUGUUACGAACAGAGUGAACAAAGUUUUUUUUAGACUUUACCCUUUGCCAACGUUUCUAAAAUGUCGUUGUUUAGAAGGAGUGCAAGGGCGAAUUGAGUUAUUGUACACGGUCACUUCAGAGUCGUUUCCUAACAGAAAUACGCAAAUAUAUGCUAGAACGCGCCAAUAGGCUCUCGUUAGCUCGUGCUUGGCUCUGCCCACCUGGUUGUUUGUUCUAUCCACUAGGAGUCAUUUGCUCACAUUGGAAACUACAGGCGGUGGUCUAUAUUGUGCUACGCUAGCAGUACCAGAAACAAAACCAACAACUGCGCUGUAGCAGUACAGUAACGCACCAGAAAUAUCGCACGUUAGUGACCUGCAGUGACUCAACUACUGUGGCUCAAACUAUUGAUAUUUUGAAUCAGAAAAAAACAAGUUGUCUAAUCUGUGUGGGUUUACUGAAUGCGGUGAGAAUUCCCCGUGGACAGAGUUACUGCAAAUUAUGUAUUGGUAACUGGGAUCAGGAUGACCAACGUAAUCCUUAUCACAUAUUCUACCAGUGCAGAGAGACCUACACCCCAAGACCUGUACUAGACACAAACACCAAGUUUGAUGAAAUUGAAAAAAUAAAGAAGACUGGAUUGCAAACUGAUGACACUGGAUCUGGAAACAUAGUCAUAUACUCCAAGUCAUAUACUGAGGAAACAUACUGAGGAAAUAGCAAACACACUGAGGAAAUACUCAGCAAACAUAUGCUGAGAAAUCAGCACCUGGUUAGCAAGAAAAAGAAGAAGAUGAGUGGGACCAAGACAUGCAAACAAGAAACCCAGUCACCAACUCCCUCUUCUAGUGGACAGGCUGUGGAAAAACAGGACUUGAAGGAGUUUCAGGAUCCAGAGCCAGAGAAGACACAGAAACUGUAUGCUCAAAUGAAUUACAUCCUGGAUAGGGUAAAUCAAAACAACUUCCAGCAAUCGAUGAAGGCAAUUACUAAGUUCACCAUUAACACAGAGGCCAGACUGAAGGGCAUCAUUGACCUCAUAUAUGAGAGGGCCCUGGCACAACCUACCAGCUCUGCGACCUAUGCCAACAUCUGCCGCUGCCUCAUGGGGCUUAAAGUACCCACCGCUGCCAAUCCAGGAGUGACAGUAAAUUUCCGCAACCUGCUUCUGAACCGAGUCCAAAGAAACUUUGAGAACAUGGCGAGAAGCAGUCGUGAAAUCUUCCGGCAACAACAGGAGAUGGUGGAUGCCAUCACCAAGGAGGAGGAGCGCCAGCGAGUGAGGGAGGAGCUGGAGGAGGCCAAGACCGAGGAGCGGAGGCAGUCGCUAGGCAAUAUCAAGUUAAUGUGUGAGUUGUUCAAGUUGAAGAUGCUGACUGAGUGCAUCGUGCACGACGUCAUCGUAAAGCUGUUGGAGAACCGAGAUGAUAACUCUCUGGAGGGUCUCUGCACAUUACUCUACACCAUCGGCAAGAACUUGGACUUGAAGAAGGCCAGGCCCAGAAUGGAUCAGUACUACAACAUGAUUGUGAAGAUUGUGAAGGAUAGUACGACCUCCCCCAGAAUCACAAGCAUGCUACAGGAUGUGCUGGACCGCCGAAAGAAAGAAACGGCCCAGCUUGGUGAGUUGGUGGAAAAGAUGGAGAAGACCGGGCUGCAAGCUGACAAUGAUGCUGAGAAACACACGGGACCUGGAGACACAGAACCUGUUUUGCGUCCUCACUAUAAGUCAUUAGCCAUGAAGAAUCAGAAGCUGAUCAGCACAUCUAUACCACUACAGGAGAACACAUGUCCUCAUCAUGAUGAUAAGCUGAAAGCUGAAAACUCAGCUGCUGCUCGGGGGGCUACCAAAAAGAAAAAGGUGAAUGUGCAGUUGAAGACAUGCCAGCAGAUAAUCCAGGAGAGAGAGGAGGAACUACAGAAACUGAGACAGGAAGUGGAGUCUCUAAAGUGCUUAUCACAGGCUACAAUGGAGGACAGUGAGAGGUUCUUCACCAAGCUGAUUGAGACAAGGUGCUCAGAGGUGAGAGAGGUGAUCCAAGCUAAAGAAAAGGAGAUGGUGAGUGAGGCUGAGGGACUCCUACAAACACUGGAGCAGGAGCUUGAUGAGCUGAAGAGGACCGAAACAGAGGGUAGACAGCUUCCACACAUAGAGGUCUACCCCCAUUUCCUACAGAAAUUGCCCAGCAUCACUGAGGCUUUUGAAGAAGUGAGGACAUGUGCCUCUGAAAUGCAACAGCAAUUUGAAGAUUCCUCCAAGUUGCAAUUUGUGGAGUUUUCUAAAUCAGUUGAAGAAAGUCUGGGACCAUACACUAUCAGUUCUCUUAGCACUAGCAGACAGGCAGUGGAAGAAAAGGACUUGCAGGACUUUGUGGACCUAGAGACAGUGAAGACAGAGGAAAUGUAUGAACAAAUGGAUAACAUCCUGACCAGCCUGACUCCCAAGAACUUCCAUCAGUCAAUGAAGGUAGUGAGUGCAUUCACCAUUGACACAGAGGACAAACUCAAGGGCAUCGUUGACUCUAUAUAUGAGAGGGCCAUCUUAAACCAUACCAGCACUGAGGUCUAUGCAAAGGUGUGCCACCAACUCAAGUGGCUCAAAAUACCUGGAGUGACAGUGAAUUUCCGCAAGCUGCUGCUGAACCAAUGCCAGGAGGGCUUUGAGAAGGAUAAUAGUAAGAUCUUAAAAGAAAAGCAGAGGGAACUCGACACCACCACUGAGGAGGAGGACCGUCAGCGACUGAGGGAGGAGCUGGAGGAGGCUAAGGCAGAGGGGCAGCGGGAGUUGCUAGGCAACAUCACAUUCAUCUGCCAGUUGUUCAAGUUGAAGAUGAUGUCCGAGGGCCUCAUAGACUACUGCAUCGUAAAGCUAAUAAAGGAUGGAGAUGAUGAUUCGCUAGAGGGUCUGUGCACAAUACUCUUCACCAUUGGCAAGGACUUGGACUCUGAGAAGAACCAGCCCAGAAUGGAUGAGCACUACACACAGAUUAAUCUGAUAAAGGAGAGAAGGAGGACCUCCCCCAGAAUCCGCUAUAUGCUUCAAGAUGUGCUGGGCCGCAGAACGCUCCAUUUGUACAAGGGCCAAAAGGAAGACCAUUGAAGACCAGGACCACGUGUUUUUUCAAUUCCUCUGUCCUGUGUCUGUGUUCUUUUGCCCAUCUUAAUCUUUUUUCUUUUUAUUGGCCAGUCUGAGAAAUGGCAUUUUCUUUGCAACUCUGCCUAGAAGG